CCAGGUCUGACACAGGAGGCCGAUAUAAAACAGGGCCAAUGAGAGCGCUAACCAAUGAGAAAGCUCAUCGUUGGACCAAUCAUACGCCGGAAAGCGUUGCGAGCUUCUCCAGAAUUGGUUAAUGACCCGGUUUGAAAGGCGAAUCCCGUGCUGAAUUGGGAGCUCCGCGCGGCUGUGACUGACUCCGUGUGCCACUUGUACAGCGCGGGAGAGAUGGGCAGCGCACUGAUAUCUCAAUAGGGGGGAUUCGUCUCUUUUCCAACAAUCUGCUCCCCCCUCCUCUGUGAUUUUAACCUCUCCCUGAAUAAUGAAAGGGCUGCUGUGAGCGCGUUUAUCCGGAGUGCAGAGGGGUGAUCGAGCAGCAGUUUUUUGAGGGGCUGCCACCCAUCUGCUGAGCCAUUUCUUCUCUCCUUGAGCCCUGCCUGAUCUUGUAAGCCGGGGACCCUUUGUAAUAGCACAGCUCUCUGACUCCAUGGCUCAGGCGGAGGUACAGUAUGUGCUACAGUAUGUGCUACAGUAUGUGCUUACACUCCUUACAGUGGGCUGCUGACACUUUGCAGAGGCUUUAGAGGGGCUGCUGGGAAAUGAAGUUCAGUAGCAGCUACAAGAAAUGCAGAUGAAUCUGAAAAGAGUUUCUAACCACCCGGCCUUACCAUCUCCGACUUCAAGAUUAAUACUUCACAAAUGGUUGUUAGCCCAGUCUAGCUGUAUUUUGAACUGAUCUCUUCACUUUCCUCUACAUGGCCAUUCUACUGGUUUCCGCUCUACUUCUACUGACUCCGAGUCAGGUUGCUCCUGAUGAUCAUCUGCUGAAGAAUGCUUCAAAUGUGGAUGUUCUCAAGUUUGAAGUAGGAGUACUCAGCAAUACAAGUGAGCAUUAUUCAACACAAGUCCAGCCACCUGGUACAAGUCAUCAUAUACCUCAAACAAUAAUUGUAGGAGUCCGCAAGGGUGGCACCAGAGCACUGCUGGAGAUGCUUGACAUCCAUCCUAAUAUUGUGGUAGCAGCGACAGAAGUACAUUUUUUUGACUGGGAUGAGAAUUACGUCAAAGGGAUAGAAUGGUACCGAAACCUGAUGCCUUUCUCCUAUGAAAAUCAAAUUACCAUUGAAAAGACACCAGGUUACUUUACCUCUCUACAUGCACCUGAACGGAUUCAUAAUAUGAAUAGUUCGAUUAAACUGCUUAUUAUCUUGAGAGACCCCACUGAGAGGGUUAUAUCUGAUUAUACCCAAGUAUACUAUAACAGACUAGAAAAUCGUAAAUCUGUGCAACGUUUUGAGGACAUCGUUAUUAAAAAUGGUGCACUCAAUACCAAAUAUAAAGCCAUCCAAAGGAGCUUGUAUGAUAUGCACAUGGAAAGAUGGCUGAAAUAUUUCAAUCUGGAUCAGAUUCAUAUUGUCGAUGGUAACACUUUAAUAAAACGACCGCUGAAGGAAUUACAGAAGGUCGAGAGAUUUCUAAAUCUCCCACCAAAAAUUGUAUCUUCAAACUUCUACUUCAAUCAGACCAAGGGGUUUUACUGUAUUAGAAGUGACGGUAGAGAAAGAUGCCUACAUGAGUCUAAGGGUCGCCCUCAUCCUGUAGUGAACAGAACGGUUCUAGAACAACUUUAUUCUUACUUCAGAGAACAUAAUAGAAAUUUUUAUAAAAUGGUUAAUCAGUCUUUUGACUGGCACUGAUGCAACUGUGACUUCAAGUAAACAGAAGAAAAGUAAGCUGGGAUGUACAGCUACUAGAUGGUCAGUGGCGGAACUACCAGGGGAGCAGGGGGUGCGAGCGGGCCAGGGCCCGCACCCCCUCAGGGCCCCCCAGCAGUCCGUUCGCCAUUGAAAACUCGGCCAAAUGCGGCCGUAAGGAGGGAGGCGGGGCCGGCUGCUCGUCACGCACCAGGGCCCGCCCCCCUCAACGAACGCUACUGUAGAUGGUUAUACAAUUAAUUUAUAAAUACUUGAAGAAAUGCACUUAUUAGUCUACACAAUUUUAUGAAGUUCUUUCUUAAGUUAUAAGGCCAUAAAAUGGAAAGUCUAUUCUGAUAUUUGCACAAGUUGAAACAAUUUGUAAAAAAAACUAAAUUGAAGGGAAAGGAUGCCACAAAAUAAGUUGAACUUAAGCAGAUUCAGCAAAUAUUUAUCCUCGUGCCACCAACUAAUUAAACCAAAAGAAACCUGAAGUUAGAUUUAUUGUUCUAACAACAAGGUAUUAAACUCCCAGAUUAAUGGAUACGGAGAAGCCAAAUUUUUGAAAUGUGUAGAUUUUAGCUGAACCAUCUAAUUUUGCUAAGUACUGCUUUUAUAACUGAUAACCAGAAACCUUAUUCAGACAUUUUUUGAUUACACAAUAAAAGGAAUGUAAGCCACCAGUGUCUUAUUUAUAGUAACUUGAUUUCCCCCAUCUUCUAUGAAGAUGCUUCUAAUUAGCUUACAGUUGUAGUCUUGUUAAAGUUGCCAGUGGCCACAAACAUUCUUCUCACAUCUACUGUAGUUUUUCUCAUGUAUAAUUCUGUUUACAAGACAGAAAACAGGGCAUGGCCUAACAGUCCAGGACCAGUAGGCUGUAAAAUGUAACUUUCUGUAGUAAGGAAAACUCACAAAGCCUAGGUAUUGUCACCAAUAAAAAAGAUUUGAAAUAUAAA